GAUAACGGAGCCCAAAUUAUCAAAAGAACUUCGGCUACACUCUCUAUACAUCAAGUUUUACAUAAACAUAUGUUCGAAAUUAGCGAUUGCAGAAAAAGGCACGGAAGAAGUAAAACAAACGUUUGCUGGUGUAAUGGCGUCUGGUGGAACAACUGAACCUGAAAAGGCGAAGUCAUAUGAAAAUUAUUUACAACUUGAAAAAGUUUUAGGAGGUGUAAGACGAUUGAGCGAGGUAAACAAUGAUCCGGCUCAUGACGAACAUCUCUUUAUUGUUAUUCAUCAAGCGUUUGAGUUAUGGUUUAAGCAGAUGCUAUUUGACUUGGAGUCUAUUAUAGGAAUCUUUGACAGUAAGCCAGGACGUGAGGAGAAGCAUAUGUUGACCAUAACUCAGAGAUUGGAAAGAAUUGUACUCAUAUGGAAGUUACUGAUCGACCAGUUUUUCAUAAUUGAGACUAUACCACCAUUGAAUUUCUUAGAAUUCAGACAUCACCUUGGAUCAGCAUCUGGGUUUCAGAGUUUGCAAUUUAGGCUGCUUGAAAAUAAAUUUGGAAUUCGAGAUGAAGACAGAAAAAAAUAUGCCAAUAAAACCUAUAUUGACAUGCUAGAUGCAGAGAGUUCAAAAGAUAAACUGAGAGAAUCAGCUAAAGACAAAACGUUGUUAAGCGUUGUUCAGAUAUGGCUUGAAGGUAUGGACGAUAUUGAUUCUGAAUUCUGGCAGCGCUAUACAAAGGCAGUUGAAUAUAGUGGAAACCAGGCUUCAUUUGAAGGUGUUGUUGACAAAGACAAGUACGAAAGUGAUCGUGUGAACGGAAUAAGACGAUUGAGUCAUAAAGCCUUUAAGGGUGCACUACAGAUUUCUCUGCUGAGAGACGAACCUGGUUAUUGUCUGCCGUAUAAAGUCCUCACCCUUCUUACUGAUGUAGAUGGUUUGAUCAUGAAGUGGAGAUGUGAGUUUGACUUCUUUUAA